AGCUGUCUAGCCUUAGCACAGGCUGUUCUGGGAGGGGAGAGGGUGUGCAGGCGCGGGGCUGAGCUGGCCUGAUGCCUCCGCCUUCCUGGCCCUGAGGACCGGGCCAUACCCCUUGGAAGGAGACCUCCGGGAAGGUGAACAUCUGUAAGGAAGCAGAAGAAGCCUGCGAGUGGGCAGGCAGUGGGUGGUAAAAGAAGAUCUUCUUUUUACAUCGAGAGGUCAGAUUGUAAUUAUUCACCAUGGCAUAUGGUUUGCCAAGAAAGCACACAGUGAAAUCAAUUCUGCGUGGAAGUUGUUACAACGUUCAGGAGCCCUGGGAACUUGCCUUGCUUACAAAGACCUUAUACAACAAUAUUGCAAAUAUUGGAGUCCCUCUUUUUGAAGAUAUCAUUUAUGGCCGUUCUUUUAAAACCGUUCUUGGGAAAAGGACUGAGGAGUUUCUACUCCCCACAGCAGAAAUGAUAGAAACUGAAAGGGCAUUUGAACUGAAACGCUUAAAGGAAAUUGAACUUCGGAAAAAUGCAGGAGAUCAAGUUCAGGCUUUGCUAAAGGACAAGAAAUUUGGCUUAAGAAGACCUCUUCCACCCAAAAAGUGAAGAUCGUUUCAACGUUUAGAGGCAUGCUCCUUUGUCUUCCUAUCCAAAGGGGUUGAGGGGAUCCAGAACCACUCACCUUCGAAAACAUCACUCGGGACAAAACGUUAUCAAUAAUGAAUGCUAAUCUUGUGGGUGAACAAGCUCCCCUGAAGAUACUUCACCUGGAAACACAAUACCCAAUCCACACCAUCCCCUGUUGCAUCUUAUCUUUGGGCUCUCAGCCUCCAGCACCGUACUCUUCGAUCCAGUGACAUUGGCCACCAUUAAGCUUGGAGAGAGGAUAAUGAAAGAGGAGAUUAAAAGGAAAGAAAGGGGAUUUAUGCUUUAAAUGACACAUAAAGAAGAAUUCUGUUGAUCAAGCACCAUAUGAAAUGCUGUAUCCAGAGUGACCUAGUUAUUCUGUGGCAAAAUCAUAUUUGUCGGAAAGAUGGUGGUGGUAAUUUGAUUACACCUUGAUCCCAAGCAGCUCAAGACAGGUGGUUAGAAUGGACUAAUACAAAACUUCUUACA